AUGGCGCCGAAGAAGGCGCCGAAGGGCAAGUCGGGCUUCUACGACGUGAGGCAGAAGCCCUCCGGUAACUUCGGAGUGGAGUUCUCCAACGCCGGGGGGCGUUGGUGGAUCGGCACGUACCCCUCCGCCCAAGAGGCCGCGCGUGCCUAUGAUGUGGCGGUGUGGCGUGCCAAGAGGCCUCGGGAGCACCUCAACUCCUCAGAGAUCGAGAGUCGGGCGGAAGCAGAGAUGCUUGUGCCGCAGGGCAUCAAGAUGAAGGAGAUCCCGACGAAGAAGACGACGACGAAGAAGCCGUCGGUUGUUGUCAGUGCCGGCGAGACCGACAAGGAGGCGAUGGCGAGGUUUGCUUGGGAGCAUCCGAGGUACGUCCAGGCCGAGCUGGAGUACUACUGGAAGCGUGAGGCAGAGCAGAAGAAGAAAGGGGGCGAAUAA